ACCAACACCUCCUCCAGCAUCAUCACUACUAUCGGAGGAUACAGAUGGGUCGCGGUUUAUGCGUGCGGGCAUUAGAGCCGCUAUCGCAAAGCUUGAGGAAUACCGCAACCUUCUUGAAGACUCGUCGGCAUAUUUGUUUGCGAUGAUCUUAGACCCAAGUCACAAAACCCUCUGGAUGAAGAAGAACCUCCAGUCACACCAAGUCGAUAGCUGUGUCGCUGCCUUGAAGCAAUGCUUCGAUGACCAGUACUCUCAUCUCGAGGUUUCUUCUAUUCCAGAGGCCAGUACAGAAAUACCAGAGGACUAGGAGGAGGACAAUUUCUUCGCUAGUUUCAACUACAGAGACGACGACACCAGCGAUCACGAAGUCGACCGUUACCUCUCCACCCCCGCUGUAACCAGGUGCGAUCCACUACAGUGGUGGAAGGCGAACCUUAAGGAAUACCCCCGGCUUUCUACGAUGGCGUUUAACUAUCUCUCUAUCCUAGCGAUGUCUUUUGAAUGCGAACUGUGACGAACCUGUCUCUGGACCCGUCCUGUUAGGGUUCAGUAUCGGUCGAAGGUAUUCUCUCAAGGGUGCUUAGGUUCG